AUGUCUGCACAGACCACUCAGAAGCUCAUCCUAGUCAUCGGUGCCACAGGCGCUCAAGGCCUCGCCGUGAUAGAUGGCCUGCUCAAGCCCGCCGCCGAUGGGUCUCCGUCGCCCUACGCCAUCCGUGCGUUGACGCGCAACGCCACAAGUCUCCGCGCCCAGGAACUUGCGCGACGGGGCGCGGAGAUCUUCGAAGGCAGCACAGACGAUCUGUCCAGUGUCUUCAACGCCCUGGAGGGCGUGUAUGGCGCGUUCGUGAACACCGACAGCUUCACUAUCGGCGAGCAGAAGGAGAUCUUUACCGGGAUACGCAUCUUCGAGCUCGCGAAGCAGACCGGGACACUGAAGCACUACGUAUGGAGCGGCCUCGACUACUCUUUCAAGAAAGGAGGGUAUAACCCCAUGUACCGUUGCGAGCACCAUGACGCGAAGGCGCGGGUCGGUGACUGGAUGCGCGCGCAGCCGUCCGUCGUGAGCGACAGCGAUAUGUCCUGGAGUAUUCUCACCACGAUGGCAUACAUGGAAAUGCUCAAUCUCCCUAUGUUCGGGCCGCUCAACAAGCGCGCCGACGGGACCUACGUCUUCGCCUCGCCCAUUGGCACGGGGCACGUCCCGAUGAUCACGCUCGCCGACAUCGGCUUCUUCGCGCGCCAUAUCUUCGACCACCGCGCUGACACGUCCGCGCGCGAGCUCGAGGUCGGGUCCGACUGGGUCGACUGGCCGUACCUAGUCUCCACGUUUACUAAGGUCACCGGCAAGCCCGCGGUCUUCCUCCCGCUCGCGCUCGAGGAGUGGUUCGCGCUCUGGAACCAGGAGGACAUCAACAGACCGGUCGCGAACGAGCGGGGCGCGCCGGACGGCUCGACGACGUGGAAGGAGAACUUCACAUGCUGGUGGGCGCAGUACCGCGACGACGUCAUCAAGAGAGACUUUGAUGCGCUGCGGAAGGUGAACCCGGAGGGACACAACCUGGAGAGCUGGAUGAGGGAGGUCGGGUAUACUGGGGACAUGGGCUGGGCCCUGCUCAAGAACGCCGAGGACGGGAAGUCACCGCGCCUCGACCUGGAGCGCAUCAAGAAGCUGUAG